UCAUUGACAAGCUUGUAUGUAAGUUUUAAUUUUAUUCUAACUGUAGAUACAAGGGAUUCUAGACAAACACGACAUUUGAAACAUUAGAUCAAUGAAAGUAAAUUUAUAAAUAAAUAAACCAGAAUUUUCAAUUGUUUUAUAAUUUUAUCAUGACAUAAAGACCACCCUUUUUGUGAAAAUCUCGAAUUAUAUACUAAGAUCCAGGAUCAAAGGAACAAACAAACAACUGUCAAAUGAAGAAGAAAGUUGGUCUACAGUUGACCUUAAAAAAUACUCUCUUGUUGUUGACAUAACAUAAAACUACUUUUUAGUUUGAAGUAGAAUUGCAGAAGAAACGGUAAAUCCCAGCUACAAUUAAAUCGAGUCGGGUCAAGGUAGCACAGAAUAAUACCGUAAUUAUAAUUUUAAUUAAGUCGUAUUUAUUCAUGCACACAGUUCAAGGUUCACAGUUUCAUACUGACGGCUGACGGCAAAAAACGUAAACAUAUAACUAUUAUGUACUUAGUGCCUACAAUAUCUUAAUAUACAACAUGUAAUAACAAUGAACAGUAUCACGCUGAUAAUGUGUAAAUACGUCAGAUAAAGAAAAAAUAAGUUUUAUUGCUACUGAUAUCCAUUUUGUCCAAGUGAAACCAUCCGCGAGUGCCGCGAGUCAGGAUGGACGUAAUAAUCAAAGUAAAUAAUCAGACCACUGGAAGAGACAAAUUAGCCAGGCUUAUUCAGUACACAAGUCGUCUAGUCUGGCAUCAAUUGGAAAUCAGGAAUGCAAACAAGUAUUCCGUUGACAGAAUAAAAAAUUUAGAGCUAACAUUCAGUUCUUUCAGAAAAAUUUUAAGGCUUGGAAGAUGCAUAGAUAUCUGCUACACGGCUCUAAAUAGCAUGCACAUUGAAGACCCCAUAUUAAGAGUAACAUUGACAAUAAGCAAACUGGCGCAUGCACUGUUCCUCUACUCGGACCAUAUAGUUUGGCUGACUAAAAGUGGAUUUCUUAAAACAGAUUCAGAAAAAUGGAACAGAACAGCCAAUAAAUUCUGGCUCAUUUCAAUCAUUGCGAACCUAGCCAGAGAUUUCUAUGAAAUUGUCCAUCUCAUGGGUUUACAUCGGACAUCAUUGUUGAAACCUUCAGAACUUCUGAAUUCUACAAUGAAGUAUGACGUGAAUGGUAGCAUCAAAUACAUGUACAUGUUGAUGACCUGCCAUAAAGAUGUAUUUAUUGAUACUUUAAAGAAUUCUUGUGACAUGUUCAUUCCACUCACUGCAUUAGGUGUUACUAAAUUAAGUCCGAGCACUGUAGGAGUACUAGGGGCUAUUUCCUCAUUGGCUGCAUUAGUAACCAUUGUGAAACCAAUUACUAAAUUAGUGCCUGCUUAAAUUAUGAUGAUUUCUUUAUACGGUGCUGGGCUUAUGUAUCUAGAUUCGAUUGUGAUAAUUCAAUUGGAAUUUUUUAUAUAUUGUUCAUAGGAAUUUUUACUGUAGAAAUUUAGGCAAGAGUACUGCAAGAUAUAUGCUUUUAAAAAGUCAGUUUAGUAAUUUUAAAGUUAUCAUUAAGAAUUAAUGAACAAUUAAUGUAGAUUUUUGUCUUUUUAUUAGUGGCUUGAGUUUGUAUCAAACUAUUAUAAUUAUGAUUAUGUAAAAUAAUAUCUCUACUUAAUUAUCUGUAGUACUUAUAUGAAAAAUACAAUUUUAUUGUGGUACAAUGAAUAAAAUGAAUAAAAAUAUACUCUUUUAAUCAAU